AUGGGCUCCCAAGGAGCGGUGGUUGCGGCUAACAGCGGCCGCGGUGACAGGAUCGACGGUAUGGAUACCGAGGGAUACGAAGUGGUUUUGCCUACUCUGCCAUCAGGUCGUAGUGUUUUGAAUACGUUAUUUUUGCACGCGGAUGUCCGGUCGAGGCAUUACCGAGUCGAACAUUUCCGGGACACGUUGGCGCGUCUUGGUUUGCUCCCCGAAGUGGUAGCGUUGGGGGCAUAUCAGAUGAGCCACGUAUGGGCUGUGACUUUCAAGGGCACGGAAGGGAUAAAGAAGGCUUUGGCAUGCGGCGAAAUGAAGGUGAAGGGCCAACGUUGUUUGGUUAUUGAUCCGGCAAACCAGGACGUGCGUUUGAAGCUUCACUGGCUUCUUUUCAAUGUGGCUGACGAUGAUGUGCGUGUAGCGCUUGCUCCGUUCGGAAAGGCGACCGAGGUCUCGAAGGAAAAGUGGAGAGUUCAAGGGAUCCAAGACAAGGGAUCGACGACACGCCUCGUGCGCCUCAAGCUCCAUAACGGCAUUAAGCUUGAUGACCUUCCACACCAGCUUCGCGUAGCCGGUGACAUGGCCCUUCUAGUCGCGCCCGGAAGAGCGCCACUAUGCCUGCGGUGUCACAGUAAGGGCCAUAUCAGACGAGAAUGCCGAGUUCCUCGCUGCACGCACUGCCGUCGUUUUGGACACGAAGAAUCUCAGUGCGUGAAGACGUACGCAAGUGUUGCGGGGCCGGUUGGUGGAGAAGACACUGCGGAACUCGUCAUGGACGAGGCUGACGCUGAAGAAGCCGCAAGCGAAGCAACGUCGAAGCUCGAGGAACUUGAUGAGGCAACGUUAACCCCGCCCGACAUGCCCCAGGACGCGAGUGUUAACAAGGAAAGCCGAAAGCUGACCGACACAGCUGGCGACGCCACCGGCGUCGUGAAAGUGCAGGAUGGCUCAACGCCGUCGAAGUCACCUGAGGAGCCAGCAGUCAUGGAAGUAAGCGAGGGAACAAGCGGAGCCUCAGUCUCCAAGCGCGGCCACGACUACGCUGGACGAGCAUGA